AUGUAUCUGCAAUUAAAAUCAAAGCUUGAAAAUGUUUUAUCAUAUUUUUUCAGAAAGAUGAGCCAAGGGUAUGAUAAUUACGAUGAUAUGUACGAUCAAAACGGUGCAUCACCGGCGCCGAGUCAAAACGAAAAACCCGGGAAAAGUGGGCCUGGUUUUGUUGGAAUCAAGUUUUGCCCAGAAUGCAAUAAUAUGCUGUACCCACGAGAGGAUAAGGAAUCACGAGUUUUGAUGUAUUCCUGCCGGAACUGUGAGCAUCGUGAAGUCGCCGCUAACCCGUGUAUCUAUGUGAAUAAGCUCGUUCACGAAAUUGAUGAGCUCACUCAAAUCGUCGGAGAUAUUAUUCACGAUCCAACGCUCCCGAAGACUGAAGAACAUCAAUGUCCAGUCUGUGGCAAAAGUAAGGCUGUCUUCUUCCAGGCUCAAACAAAAAAGGCAGAAGAAGAGAUGAGAUUGUACUAUGUAUGUGCAUCGCAAGAUUGUCAGCACAGAUGGACGGAAUAAAACAUAGUGUCCAAUUGUUUUCUAUUUAUUUGAAACGUUUUCUUAAUCGUCAAUUGUUGUUUUAUUCCUUAUUUCUAAAAUAAUGUUUUUUCGGAUCUCCAUAUGUUCCCUACCUGUUCCAAUAAAUUCAAAUCAUCAUUCAA